CCGAAACGACGUCGUUUAUGUUUGUUACCCCUUUUACUGCUCUCUACCCUCACUCAUCGACGUUGCGGUGGUCACUGAGAAGUUGACGGCGUUUCUUGUUGCGCUGUGGUCCAUCAACACUCCACUUACCUUCACGUGGAACCAUCAUCAACGUUCGCCACCGCCUGUAAUCGGAUAUUCACAGUUUGCAGAGAUUAAGAAGUUUUCUAAUACAAGUGACCUACAAGUAAAAUGUUACCUAUUCAUAGGUUGUCUUGUCACAUUUCUGAAUUACAAGCGUUGGUUUCUUCAUUCCACCAAUCAAUAACACAAAACCCAAUUCUUGCUUUGGAACUUCUAGCCAAAGCACUAGACCAAAACCCAAAUAUCAAAACCUUGAAAAAUUUCCACUCCAAGAUUUUUUAUCUCAAUUCACACCAAAACCCAUCUCUGGGGAUCAAACUCAUGAGGGCAUAUGCUGCAUGUGGAGAACCCGGGAUGACACGCAAGGUGUUUGAUGAAAUUUUUGAGAGGAAUGUUGUUUUCUACAAUGUCAUGAUCAGAAGCUACGUGAAUAACCGCUGGUACAAUGAUGCAUUGUUUGUUUUUAGGGACAUGGUUAAUGGAGGGUUUAAACCUGAUAAUUAUACAUACCCUUGUGUCCUUAAGGCUUGCUCUUGCUCUGACAAUUUGAGCUAUGGUUUGCAGCUUCAUGGAGCUGUGUUGAAGGUUCGACUGGAUUUGAAUUUGUUUGUUGGUAAUGGUCUGAUUGCUAUGUAUGGGAAAUGUGGAUGCCUGGUUGAGGCCCGGCAUGUUCUUGAUGAAAUGGUAUGCAGGGAUGUUAUUUCGUGGAACUCAAUGGUUGCGGGGUACGCACAAAAUAUGCAGUUUGAUGAUGCGUUGCAGAUUUGUAGAGAAAUGGAUGAUUUGGGACAACAACCAGAUUGUGGUACAAUGGCUAGUCUCAUGCCAGCUGUAGCCAACACUUCGUCGGAGAAUGUUUUGUAUGUUGAGAAGAUUUUUGAAAAUUUGGAGAGGAAGAGUUUGAUAUCUUGGAAUGUGAUGAUAAGAGUUUAUAUGAAAAACUCCAUGCCCAAAAAAGCUGUGGAUAUGUAUUUGCAAAUGGAAAAAGGUGGAAUGGAACCAGAUGCAAUCACAUGUGCUAGUGUUCUUCCAGCAUGUGGGGAUCUUUCGGCAUUGUUGUUAGGAAGGAGGAUUCAUGAAUAUAUUGAGAGGAAGAAAUUGUGUCCAAAUUUGCUAUUGGAGAAUUCUUUGAUAGACAUGUAUGCUAGGUGUGGAUGUUUAGAAGAUGCAAAAAGAGUGUUUGACAGAAUGAAGUUUCGCGAUGUUGCAUCAUGGACUUCAUUGAUAUCUGCUUAUGGUACGACCGGGCAAGGCAGUAGUGCUUUGGCACUCUUCACAGAAAUGCUAAAUUCAGGUCAAAGUCCAGAUUCUAUUGCAUUCGUCGCAAUUCUCUCGGCAUGUAGCCAUUCAGGAUUAUUGGAUGAAGGGAAACUUUACUUUAAACAGAUGACAAAUAAUUAUAGAAUAACACCAAGAAUCGAACACUUUGCUUGUUUUGUUGAUCUAUUAGGACGUGCCGGGCGAGUAGAUGAGGCCUAUAAUUUUAUCAAACAGAUGCCAAUUGAGGCAAAUGAAAGAGUUUGGGGGACACUACUUAGCGCUUGCAGGGUGUAUUCAAAUAUGGAUAUUGGACUUGUAGCAGCUGACAACCUACUUCAAUUAGCUCCUGAGCAAUCAGGUUACUAUGUGUUGUUAUCUAAUAUUUAUGCAAAGGCUGGUAGAUGGAAAGAAGUAACAGAAAUUCGAUCACUAAUGAAGAAAAGAAAAAUUCGGAAAACGCCUGGCAUCAGUAAUGUUGAGCUAAACAAUCAAGUUCAUACGUUUCUUGCAGGCGACACGUCGCAUCCGCAGUCAAAGGAGAUAUAUGAAGAGCUAGGUGUGCUGGUGGGGAAGAUGAAAGAGUUAGGAUAUGUACCUGAGACUGAUUCUGCACUUCACGAUGUGGAGGAGGAGGAUAAGGAAGGCCAUCUAGCUGUUCAUAGUGAAAAGUUAGCUAUUGUGUUUGCUCUUUUGAAUACACAAGAGUCUCAAAUCAGAAUUACCAAAAACCUUCGUGUUUGUGGAGAUUGCCAUAUUGCUGCUAAGUUAAUCUCCAAAAUAGUUGAACGUGAAAUUAUUGUUAGAGAUACUCAUAGAUUCCACCAUUUUAAGGAUGGUGUUUGCUCUUGUGGUGAUUAUUGGUGAGGUUUCUGAUGAAAAUUUAAUUGCAACUUGCCACUAUAAUUACUAUAAUUUGGCAAUUUUGCUGUGGAAUUUGGUUGUGUGUAAAUAUUGUUAGAUUAUUCGUAGUAGAUGCUAAAAAAGGCCAGGUUAACCAGAGCUCAAUUACUUCCGCACAAUGUAAUUCCGAUGAUUCACUCUUGAUGUCUGGAUCUAAUGAUGUGAUUUUUAUCUGGAGCUAUAUAGAUGGAAUGGAACCCUCCACUUCACUACUAUCUUAAACUCACUACUACUGCACUUUUUAUCUGGUGUAUUUUUCGUCAGUCCCCAUGGACGGUGGUGGCAAGCAGCAGCAGCUAAUGGGGGUUGGGAUUUGCUUGUUUCUUGUUAUGCUUCAUAAAAAUUGUUACUUGAAGGGCUAGACAACCUUCAUUUGCGUGAGACCCCUAUUUUGAAUCUUGAAGUGCUAAAUCUCGGAUUUCUGAUUUGGAUUAAGGAAGAUUUUGCAGUGGUUACUUUAUUUGAAGAGUUUGAUCAAACAUGACAUCAUCAAAUGUUGAUGGAAAGCCAAGAGUUGGUAUGAAAGUUUACGAUAUAAAGGUAGCUUAUCAAUUUUGGCUUGGAUAUAAUGCACAUGUUGGGUUUGGAUUGAGAAGACAUUAUGCGAACAAGAGUAAAAGAAGACUAAAAAAAGACAGUACUAUAUCAUCAUGUAGAUUUGCUUGUUGCAAGGAAGGGCUAUGAAAGGACAAAUUCUGGAAGGGACCAAUGAGAUAAAAUAUGGAGAAUUAGAGUAGAAGGAUUCAAUUGGAGUAAUGUGUUUAUAAGCAUUUUCUUACACAACCUGUGGAUAGACCAAUUUGAUACAUACAUAUGGAUCUUAUCAACAUGGUGUAUGCAAACACCACAUGACAACUAUUUAGCAUUACUGGAAUAGUUUUGUUUUAAUACGGUGUGACAGCAAUGACAUCAGCAUUGCAUGAACAA